AUGGCCAUAAAGCUUUCUACUAGGAAAACAGCCAAACCGCAGUCCACAAGGGAUAUCUCUAAUCCCGUGUUGAUCAGCGCAAAUGUGCUGCCCCGAGACGAUCUUCAGUACCUCAAUGAUAUUCCGGCUACUAGAGGGACGUUGCAAAAUCCCUCACCUCUAACUUCCCAGAAGUCUGAAGUGCCCGAGAGACAACAGUGGAAUUCAACCGCACAGGACAACCCCAGUCAACAAUGUGAUGAGAAUUUAUCGUCUUCGCACACGAGAGGUGGUGUCGCAAAAGAGCCAAUGUCACUGUCGCUUCAGCGAAAGCCGAGUAAAUGGAGGAAAAUAGGUGGGAUAUUCACGGCAAAGAACGCUGUUAAACCUACAUCGGAUAGGAAGCCAAUUUACCAAGUGCGUGUUAAUGAUCGAUCCUUAUACGACCUUUCGAAUUCAACGGAUUUCCACUGCGAACAGAAGUCCCGCUACAUGGUCCCACCGAAGAUGAAUAGUCAACAGAAAGGUAGAACGGAGCAGCAGUCAACUGGACAGAGUUCGAAGCCGAAGGAGAGUGGCUCAGAGCCCUUUCUCAAUGUUGAUAUCCCACAAGUGGAGUUGGAGCGGUAUAGUGUGAUGUUCAGCGGUCUUCUAGACAAAAGACGGCCUCCUCCCUUGGCUAGACGACGUAGCAGAACUUUGGACGACUUGAAUACUUCGAUGACAAACGAGUUCUUUACCGACCCCCCCAAACUCCGACGACAGGCAACAUCACCGGCAGCGAGAUCUCCCAAUUUCGCUUCGUUCCCUGCAUCCCAUUUUAGCAAGCCUUUGGAGGAUCCCGGUAGUCAAAAUCUGUCACCUUGUCCGAGCCCAUCACUUAAGCUUCCAACGGUGCCGGAAGGAAGGACUGGAAAUGAAACGUUUCGUCAGAAUAGCAUCCACCACACUGGUCAGAAACCGGAUGUUUCAACGUCACGUCAAGCGCAAGUCUCAGUGGCAUAUACCGUGGAUUCAAACGAGUCGAAGAGAGAUCAUUCUCGUCCACGAAAUGGAACAGAAGGGGCCGUGGCUACCCGGGAGAAAAAGGUGAACAAUAGAUCUUCCGAAAACCUGCCGACUGCCACACUCCGUACCAGGUCUGUAGUACUUUCAGAAACGCUGGACCAACUCAAUGGCACGAGGAAAAGGGAUGAUCAGAAUACAGUUCCAUUAUUCACUGCGAGCAAAGAAAGGGUUGACCAAAUCAUGGCUGCAAAGAUGAACAGUUCUACAACCCCUCCAGUCCCAUUCAAUGCAACCAAAGAGAGGGUCGACCAAAUCAUGGCUGCAAAGAUGAACAGUUCUUCAACCUCUCCAGCGGAAUCAACCCAUGCCCAAUUCAAGGCAACCAAAGACAGGGUCGAUCAAAUCAUGGGUGCGAAAAGCAACAGAUCAGAAACAUCCCCAGUGGAUUCAAACAGGCGUCCUCAUGAAAAUAAACACACCGAUGGAAAGCCACCCAAAUCACCCAAGGCUGAAGUAUCUAUUGCGAGGUCCGUAUCCGUUACGAGGGCUAAAAAGCAAGUCAUUGUCCCCAUCGGACCAAGGCCGACCAGCGGGAAAUCCAACCAGCGUUUCAUGAAGGGAAGGGGAGGACUCCUGAAGUCAUGA